UAUGUUUAACGUAGAAUAUGGAAAUGUCCUUGACUUAUUCAAUUGAUCUCUCCCUUGUUCUGAUCACCUUCUUCACUUGCGCAUGGAAAUUACUGAGUUUGUUUUGGCUGAAGCCGAAGAAGCUAGAAAAAUGUCUAAGACAACAAGGUCUAAUUGGAACUGCUUACGGGCUUUUGUUUCAAGAUCUGAGAGACAUCAUCAGAAUGACCAAGCAAGCUCAAUCUCAACCCAUUACUCCUUUCUCCGAUGACAUCGUGCCUCGCGUUCUCCCUUUCUAUCAUCACUCCAUCAAGAAAUACGGGAAGCUUUGCUUUACAUGGUUAGGGCCAAUGCCUGUGCUGAACAUCAUGGACUCAGACAUGUUGAAGGAAAUAUUUGCACGGGUCAAUGAUUUUGGAAAGCCACAUCCCAAGGCCAUUGCAGAUAUCUUGACAUCGGGGCUCCUGAAUAUUGAGGGGGAGAAAUGGGCCAAACAUAGAAAGAUCAUCAACCCAGCUUUUCAUUAUGAAAAGUUGAAGCAUGUAGUGACAGCAUCAUGUUCAAGUGGGGAGGAGAUGAUUAGGAUAUGGGAGAAGGAAAGUUUGGCUGGUGAAGUGGACGUGUGGCCUCACCUGCAGCAUUUGACGGGUGAUGUACUCUGUAGAGCUGCUUUUGGUAGUACCUACGACCAAGUCAGGGGCAUCGUCCUCCUUCAACAAGAACAAUUUGGGCUCGCAAACAAAAUUCAGCAAACCGCAUUUAUCCCUGCGUGGAAGUAAGUUCAGAUUUAGCCUAUAUUUAUUUUGCGAAAAAUGAAUAAUUUGGAAAAUAUUUUUCAAAAAAGGAUCGUUUGUAUCGCUUGAAAUAAUUAACUAAUGAAUAAUAUUUCAUUAUCGAUAAGAGUUUAUGGAUGAAAAUAUUUUUUAUUUAUUUAUUUUUUUAAAGUUAUUCAGACGAUCAUUUUUUGGAAAAUAUUUUUCAAAUAAUUCGUUUUUCACGAAACAAACGCACCCAUAUUAAUAAUUUAUUUUGAGAUCUUUUAGUUGUUGUAAAAGUAUAAAUACAAGAGUAACAAACCUCAGUUCGACUUACUCAAUCCCUAUCCAUGGAAUCUAUGGGGAUCACUACAAUUUUGACCUAUCAAAACAAUGUAUGGUAAGGCAAAUCUUC